UUUCAUCCCGCCCCUCACACGGGCACAGGCAUAUCGGUGGAAAUCGCCCGGCAAGAGCGUUUUUUUUAGUUCAGUUUUGGUUUCUGAAUUUGGAGAAUUAUUCUCUAUUCCUUCCUUAAUGGAUAAUUGUCUAUUGCGCGGGGUUUUAUGUGUGUUAGUUGUUUGUAUGUUGAGCUCGUCAGCGCGUGGACGCAGUGAUGUGCUCGAGCUCAGAGACGCGGACUUCGAUUACCUCGCGCCCGAGCAAGAGACACUGCUGGUGAAGUUUUAUGCACCAUGGUGUGGCCACUGUAAGAAACUCGCCCCAGAGUUUGAAAGUGCAGCUACUCGACUGAAGGGAACAGUAACUUUAGCCAAGGUGGACUGUACUUCUAAUACAGAGACCUGUAAGCACUAUGGGGUUACUGGAUACCCAACACUCAAAAUAUUUCGGAACGGACAGGAAUCAUCAUCGUAUGAUGGUCCACGCUCAGCUGAUGGAAUUGUGAACUAUAUGAAGAAACAGGCCGGGCCUGAUUCUGUGCCUCUGCAAAGUGAGCAUGACCUGGAGAACUUUAUAAACAACUUUGAUGCCAGCGUAGUCGGGUUCUUCUCAGGGAUUGACAGCUCUCAACUCUCAGAGUUUCUUAAAGGAGCCAGUUUAAUGAGGGACAGUUUCCGCUUAGCCCACACCACAGACCUCCAACUUGGAAACAAAUUUGGCGUCACAUACGAGUCUGUGCUUCUGUUCCGACCCCCCAGACUGAGCAGUAAGUUUGAGGAGAGUGUGGUGCACCACAGAGGAUCAAUGUCCAUCACAGGCCUGCGGCGCUUCAUUAGAGACAACAUUUUUGGCCUUUGUCCUCACCUGACCAAAGAGAAUAAGGAUUCGUUUAAAAAGAGGGAUUUGUUGACUGCCUACUAUGACUUGGAUUAUCUUCGCAAUGCCAAAGGCUCCAACUAUUGGAGAAACAGAGUGCUAAAGGUGGCGUCUAAGUUCAGUUCUCAGGGCCUGUUGUAUUCUGUGGCGAACCGUAAUGACUUUAUGGAGGAGCUUGAAGAUGAGUUUGGUCUGGGUCCGUCAGAUGGAGCUGAGCUGCCGUUUGUCACCAUCAGGACACGAACAGGAAACAAAUACACCAUGCGGGAGGAGUUUACACGAGAUGGCAAGUCUUUAGAGAGUUUUCUGGAAGACUAUUUUGCUGGGCGACUAAAGCGCUAUGUCAAAUCAGAGCCUGUGCCUGCCAAAAACAACAGUCCGGUCAAGGUGGUUGUGGCGGAUACGUUUGAAGAGAUUGUGAAUGACCAAGAGAAAGACGUGCUUAUUGAGUUUUAUGCUCCAUGGUGUGGCCAUUGUAAAAAACUGGAGCCCAAAUUUACAGAGCUUGGAGAACAGCUGUACAGUGAUCCCAAUAUUGUAAUCGCCAAGAUGGAUGCAACUGCCAAUGAUGUCCCACAGGGCUAUGACGUGCAAGGAUUUCCUGCAAUAUAUUUUGCCGCUGCUGGACGGAAGAAUGAGCCAAAACGAUACGAGGGAGCCCGUGAAGUAAAGGAUUUCAUCAGCUUCCUGAAGCGCGAGGCGUCCAAACCUCUUGUCCUAAACGGAGUCAAGGAAGAGCUGUAAACAUUAAAGGGAAAAUUGUUGUAUGUUGUGAAUUUUUGUUCAUAAAAAGUGG